AAAAUCUGUCAAUAAUUUCUGACGCGUACUUCAAAAUUCAAAAUCUAUAAAUUCUGAAUCAAAUUAUGAUAAAAAUUUAAAGUAUCCAUUUUUUUGUUGCGAUCCAAAUUAGUGUCGUGUAAAAUGUCCCCUCCAUGUUAUCCCUCGCCUGCUCCACCUGGAUUAUGCUGUUCACCGGCUUAUGGACCAACGUGCAUGGCUCCCAACUUGCCAUGUGUUGGUCCCGUUCCUCCUCCUUGUUUACCACUGUGCGGGCCAUCGCCGGGCCCAUGUAUUCCCUGUAACCCGAAAAUGAUAGUUGGCUAUAGAAGACCUAAAGUUAAGAUAAUUUGCGGUAAAAGGCCGAGGUCUAGGGAGAUUAAAGGAGGUGUCAUGAUGUUUGGAUGUCAUUGCGAAAAAAGAAAUGGUUUACAAGAUAGAUGUCAAAGACAAGGGUGUCUAGGUGCCCCGGAAUGCAUGACCAAGCCAUACGCCUCAUGCGGACCAAGCAUGUACGCCAACGGUCAACAUUUGCCAUUACGAUAUAAAGAUGUAGGUAUCGAAGAAUGUCCAGCGUAUCCAGCAUUCAUCAGAAGCAAUCCAGCUCCGGGCUGCGCACCUAAAAGCACGUUCGGUCCUUAUGGUCCUUGCAGUCCCGUAUGUUCUCCCCCUCCACCUCCAUGCUGUCCACCAAUGCUUCCGCCGCUGUGUCCUCCGUGUGGCCCUUGCGCUCCUCCCUGCGGAGUUCCUUGUGGACCUAUUCCUUGCGGUCCUUGUCCUCCUGUCAGCGCUGCUCCUUGUGGGAUAUUUCCUCCUGCAAUGGCACAGAAUAUGCCUUGCGUUGCACCAUGCGGGCCUUCGCCUCCUGGAGAUUGUCCUCUUUGCGCCCCUUGUCCCGCUCGUCCUUGCGCGCCUUGUGGUCCUUGCGUUGGCCCUUGCAUACCCAUGCAACAUUAGUGUUUUUCUUUUAAUUUUUUACUGUUUAUUAGUAAAGAAAUGUAGUCUUGAAUAAUUUUGUAGGUAUGUGUUUAAAAUUCAUUUUUUUUUCGAUUGUGCCUAAGGAACUUGAAGGAUGUUAAUAUUAAUUAAAAAAAUAUUUGAAAAAGGAUUGAACUUGCAAGAAAAUUUUGGAAAACUGGUUCUAUUUGUUUAGCCUUGUUUUUGUAAAUAUAUUGUUUUUGAAACAAUUAUGAACAUUUUUCAAUGCAAGAACCUUAGCACGUAUUUGUUCUUCAAGAAUUUACAGUUUGCUAUUCACAUUGGCAAAUUUUAUAAACAACUCAAGUUCAUACUUUAAAUUAUUUUUAAAGUAUGUUAGAAAUACUGGUGUAAAACUAUUACACUGUUCAGAUUGAAUAUGUCUGGUUAUUUUUCACUUUUUUUUUUAAAGAAAUGAAUUUUUAAAAUGUGAUUUACACAUACCUAUUAAUAUUUUAAGCUACAAUAUUACAAAAGGAAAAAGGGCUAUCGCGACCUAUAUCAAUAGUGGACUCAGGAGUAUAAAUCCUAUUGUUUUUAUUAUUUUGAGUAGAUUCUAGUCUACUAUAAAAUGGCGUUUUAUAAUAUAAUUUUCAUUUUUGUUGUACUGCAUUUGGUAUUUUGUAACGAGUAAUGUCAAUAAAUCACACUUUUUUAA